AUGUACAACAGACCCCCAACGAUCGGCGAAUACCUACUCAGAAAACUGGAAAGCUACGACAUUGAACAUAUCUUCGGCGUUCCGGGUGAUUAUGUACUGAGGUUCUAUAACCUCAUCGAGCAGAGUCCAAUUCAGCAUAUCGGUAUGACCCGUGAGGACGCAGCAGGCUAUGCCGCCGAUGCAUACGCGCGGAUAAAAGGCAUGGGUGCCGCCUGUGUCACCUAUUGCGUCGGUGGAUUAUCAAUGGUGAACGCCGUCGCAGGUGCCUACGCCGAGAAAUCACCCGUCGUUGUUAUUAGUGGUGCACCGGGCAUCAGAGAACAUGGGAAAGAUGCGCUCCUUCAUCAUAAAGUCAGGGACUUCCACACACAGCAACGGAUUUAUGACGAGAUCACCGUCGCGACGGCACUCCUCGAUGAACCCUUUACUGCCUUUAACGAAAUCGACAGGGUGCUUGAUGCUGUCUAUCGCUACAAACGUCCAGGAUAUAUUGAACUCCCACGCGAUAUGGUGGAUGUCCGUGGCACACUCCACCAGCGUCCCUCAACGGGUGGACACCUCAGUGAACCGGAAAUCUUGGAUGCCGCCGUUGAAGAUGCUGUUGAUUUCAUUAAUCGCAGUAAAAGACCCGUCAUUCUCGCGGGCGUAGAACUCCACAGAUUCGGCUAUCAAAACAAACUACUUAGACUCGUAGAAGAAAAACGUAUUCCGGUAGUGGCGACGCUUCUCGGAAAAUCGGUGAUGCCGGAAUCACAUCCGCUCUACUUGGGUAUUUAUGAAGGUGCGAUGGGGAGACAAGAGGUCCGACAGUUUGUUGAAGACUCGGAUUGCGUAAUUAUCCUCGGGGCGUUCAUGACGGAUGUGAAUCUUGGGAUUUACACCGCAAACCUCGACCGCGCACGUUCUAUCUACGCCACCUCGGAAAAAAUUACAGUCCGCUACCACAAUUAUGAAGAGGUGAUGUUUGACGAUUUUAUUGACGGUAUCAACUCGCCAAAACUCCGAAAACGACGGAAACCAAAUUUGGAAUGGGCACUUCCAGAUACGGAACCGUUUCGGGUCGAGCCUAACAAACCUUUAACAACUUGCCGACUAUUUCCAACACCUGAAUGA